AUGUUCAAAAUCACUUCUCAAUUAUCAUUAUGUGGCGAAAAAGUCACUGAUGAAGAUAUGUUAGAGAAAACAUUUUCUACUUUUCAUGUCUCUAACAUGCUCCUGCAGCAGCAAUAUCGAGAGAAGGGGUUUAAAAAAUAUUCUGAACUUAUUGCAUGUCUUCUCUUGGCUGAACAAAACAAUGAAUUGUUGCUGAAAAAUCAUGAGUCCCGACCAACUGGUGCAAGUCCAUUCCCUGAAGCGAAUGCGACCCAAUUUCAAAAUUCUGGUCGAGGUCGUGGACGUGGCCGUAGAGGUGGCCGUGGAGGAGGCCGCGGACGUGGUCGUGGCCGUGGACGUGAUCGUAGUAAAUUUGUGCCCUGUGAAAAUUUUAACCGUGGCAAGCAACAAAAUGUUUCCCAAAAGAGGGAAAAUAACUACGAUCAGAAAAAUGGAGAAAAGAAAGUUUAUGAAGAAAAAUGCUACCAGUGUGGUAUGGAAGGUCAUUGGUCUCGUACCUGUUGUACGGCCGAAUAUCUUGUUGACCUCUAUCAAGCAUCAUUGAAAAAUAAAGACAAAGGUGUUGAGACAAAUUUCAUUGAUCAAAAGAAUGACUAUGAUGAUGGUGAUGAUGCUGACAUGACACACCUCGAUGUUGCUGAUUUUUUUGAACAUCCUGAAGAUGUCAACAAAUAUCCCAUGAUUAUUUAG